AUGCAUCUGCACCAGGUGCUGACCGGGGCUGUGAACCCCGGGGAUUGCUGCUACUCGGUGGGCAGCGUCAAUGACGUUCCCUUCACUGCCUACGGCUCAGGUUGUGAUGUAGUGAUCUUGGCCAGUGACUUUGAGUGUGUGCAGAUCAUCCCAGGAGCCCAAAAUGGGAACAUUCAGGUGGGCUGUGUGGAGUGCUCCCAUCAGCUUGGCAGGAUUGCUGCCUCCUAUGGAAACACAGUCUGUAUCUUUGAACCUCUGUCUACCAACCCAAACAAACGCCACAAGCAGCUUAACUAUCAGUGGCAAAAGACAGGGCAGUUCUUCCUUGAUGCCAUCACCUACAACCUGGCCUGGGACCCACAGGGGAACCGUAUCCUAGCAGCAACCGAGCGGCUCCAGCUGUGGGCUCCACCGUUGACAGAUGCUCUAAUUGAAGAGGAGGAUGGCCACGUGACUGAAGACAAGCCCCAUCCCGUUCUGAAUGACUGGAACUGUGUCUGGCAGUGCAAGACUGCUGCAUCUGUGCAUGUUGCCAAGUGGUCCCCUGAUGGAGAGUACUUCGCAACAGUUGGGAAGGAUGACUGUUUACUCAAAGUAUGGUAUCCCACUACGGGCUGGCGUUCUGCAGUGGUGGUCCAGGACCCCUCAGAUAAGAAACCGCCUGCUGUUCACUUCUCCUUUGUUUACCUGGCCCAUCCACGCUCAGUCACUGGUAUGUCAUGGAGGAAGACCAGCAAGUACAUGCCAAAGGGUUCAGUUUGCAAUGUUUUGCUGACAUCUUGCGAGGAUGGCGUGUGUCGGCUAUGGUCAGAGACCCUGCUUCCAGAAGACAGCUUGCUCGGGGGGCAAAUAUCCGACAACACGCACUCUUUUAGUUCCAGCUUGCCAGGCUUGGCAGGCAAUAAGGACAAAAUUCAGCAUGCUUUAGAGUCUAUUCACCAUCUGAAGCAUCUGCGUAGGGGAAGGCGACGAUCAUCUGCUUUGGUAGCUCACAGUGAGCUGCUCCCCUCUCAGCUUGGCACACAGGAUGCACACACUCACCGCCACAUUGCUCAUCAUGCCAACGCAUUGUGUCACUUCCACAUCUCAGCCAGUAUUAAUCCCAACACAGACCUAGAUGAGAUGUCUGACAAAGCCUCAUCUGAGCUUGGAGAGGAGGGUGAACCAGGCGAGCAGGGAAGCACAAAGGCAUCCUCUCCAGGAUCCAGCUCUAGUUUGCCUUUGCCCUCAAUGCUGCUGGAGAGAAAAAUGGAGAUUCUUACCACAGAGUGGAAUAAGAGCCCUGACAUGCUGUUCACCAUUCACCCAACUGAUGGCUCUUUCCUUGUUUGGCAUGUCAAGUACUUGGAUGAAUUCAAUCAGGGCAUCUUUAGGCAGGUUCAGGUGUCCUUUUCCUCCCGUAUCCCAGUGGCAUUUCCCACAGGCGAUGCUAACUCGUUGAGUAAAAACAUUUUGAUGUAUGCGUGUACUUUGACCGAGAGGGAGAGUUCAAGAGCAGGCGACCCGGGGAGGAUGGUUCCCUAUGUCGCUCACUCAGUCUCAGCCUCUGCUGGCCUUGGUUCGCCUGCCCUGGCCUCUUCUUCUAACACCAAUCCCAGCAUCAGUCCAGCUGUCAUGAUGGUCUCCAAACACAUUGAUGGAUCCCUAAACCAGUGGGCUGUGACGUUUGCCGAGCGCUCUGCAUUCUCCAACGUAUUGACCGUAUCCCACAAAUUCCGCUACUGCGGUCACCGUUUCCAUCUGAAUGAUCAAGCCUGUCACACGGUGCUACCACUGCUGCUCACCUCCUCACACCAUAAUGCCCUGCUUACACCGCCCUCAGCUCCUGGCAGCAUUGAUGGGGAACAACCUCCCACCCUUCCCCUUCAAAAGGGACUUCCUAGGAAGCAGCUUCGCAAUGCAGCAACAAGGACAUUCCAUGACCCCAAUGCCAUCUACAGUGAACUCAUCUUGUGGCGAGUAGAUCACAUUGGACCUCUCUCUUGCACUGGAGGGGUCUCUGAACUGGCUCGAAUCAACUCUCUGCAUACCUCUGCGUUCAGCAAUGUUGCUUGGCUACCUUCACUUGUCCCUAGCUCUGUACUUGGAACAUACUGUAAUAGUGCCAGUGCCUGCUUUGUGGCAUCAGAUGGUAAGAACCUUCGUCUCUAUCAAGCUGUAGUGGAUGCCAGAAAGCUACUAGAUGAGCUGUCAGAUCCAGAAACAUCUAAACUAGUUGGCGAAGUGUUCAACAUUGUCAGUCAGCAGUCCACCGCCAGACCUGGCUGCAUCAUAGAGCUAGAUGUCAUUACAAACCAGUGUGGUGCCAACACCCAGCUGCUUCAUGUCUUCCAAGAGGAUUUCAUUUUAGGUUACAAACCUCAAAAGGAACCAGACACACAUACAACUGCUUUUCUAUCUGGUCAAGAUUAUCAACCUCCCCCAUUUUCGGAGAAAUUUUUCCUGGUGGUGAUAGAAAAAGAUCUCAACAGGAACUCUGUGCUACAAAUGUGGCACUUGCACCUCCAGUCUGUUCAGGCUUGUGUCGAUGAGCCAAACCAAGAUUCUAGCUUCCAGAGCCAGCUUUUGGUUCCCAAUCAAGUUGUGAAUGCUGACUCAUCUCCAGAGACCUCCCCUGUCAGACCUCUUCCACGCUCAGCCUCCACAGUCAACUUGCAAUCAGCCAGCAAACUCAUUCUCAGUUCAAAACUGGUGUACAGCAAGCGACUUGACUUGCCCCACGGGGUAGAAGUUACCAGAGCAACACCGUCUGCUGGUCAUCUCAGUUCCUCCUCCAUCUACCCUGUGUGCCUGGCUCCAUAUCUGAUUGUGACUACCUGCUCUGACUCUCGAGUGCGGUUUUGGCGCUGCGCUGUAGAGGGUGAUCAUGGAGAUAGUGACAAUGACCAGGACAAGCGGAUGUACCGCUGGGAGCCAUGGGCUUUGAUGAAUGAGGAAGAAGACAACAACAGCGCAGUGUUUGUGUCUGGGCGGCCUGUUGCCGUGUCGUGCUCCUACAUUGGUAGGCUUGCUGUAGCUUUUAAACAGCCACUACACCACUCACAGAUUUCUGGAAAAGAGUUUUCAAUGCAUGUGUCUAUUUAUGAGUGUGAAUCAACUGGUGGUUCAGAGUGGGUUUUAGAGCAAACGCUCCACUUAGAAGAAUUUAAUAGACCCUCUCCAACAUUGGACCCGAGAGUCAGCGUUGACUCCAACCUAUUUGUUUACAGCAGAUCGGACCUGUACAUGAGCAGAGACCACAACUCCCCCAAUAUCAAGCAUUACGUCCACUUGGAUUGGUUAUCAAAAGAAGACGGCUCUCACAUUCUCACCGUGGGGGUUGGCUCCAACAUUCUUAUGUAUGGGCGAAUCUCUGGCAUGGUCAAUGAGCAGACAAGCAGCAAAGAGGGUGUGGCUGUCAUCACACUCCCUCUAGGGGGCAGUAUUAAACAGGGGAUACGCUCUCGCUGGAUCCUACUCCGGGCCGUGGACUCGCUGUCCUCUGUGGAUGGCACUCCUUCUCUGCCAGUUUCGCUCUCCUGGGUUAGAGACGGCAUCCUGGUGGUGGGCAUGGACUGUGAGAUGCACGUAUAUGCCCAAUGGCACCAGGACAAGAAGCCCGGUGAAGGAGAGGAGGGAAACCUGUCAUCUGCAGACAUUGCAGGAAGUCAAACCCAAGCUUCUUCGGUUUUUGAAGGGAGAGCCAGAUCUAAAAGUGUGUUUGAAGGAAGCACUGCAGUGGAUGAGGCCCUACGUGCACCAGCUGGACUUCAAGAGGGAGGACUUUUUGAGGCUGCUCACUCGUUGUCCCCGACAUUACCUCAGUAUCAUCCCACCCAGCUGCUUGAACUCAUGGAUUUGGGAAAGGUUCGUCGAGCCAAAGCCAUUCUUGCUCAUUUGGUGAAGUGUAUUGCAGGAGAGGUGGCUGUAGUCAGGGAUGUGGAGGCAGGUGAGGGCGGAGCCAGGAGACAUCUGUCCCGAACCAUCAGUGUGACUGGUAGCACAGCAAAAGACACCAUUGUGGCCGGUCGCGACGGAGGACGGGAUUACACGGAAAUCAACUCCAUCCCCCCACUUCCCCUCUACGCACUCAUGUUGGCUGACGAAGAUACCUCAUUCAAGGGGGCUGAAGAAUCUGUUAAAGGACCAAAAGUAGCCAAUGGUGAGGCGGGGCACAUGUCUACCGAGGACCAAUAUGCUGACCUCUUCCAGGUGCCAACAGUCACCACGGAUGACUUUGUGAACUUUGCUACGGACAAACCAGAGAAGAAGUCUCGUGUUAUCAACCUCUCGCAAUAUGGUCCUGCUUACUUUGGACCAGAGCAUGCACAGGUGUUGUCCAGCCACCUAAUGCACUCUAGCCUACCUGGGCUAACCCGACUUGAGCAGAUGUUCUUGGUGGCCCUGGCUGACACUGUAGCAACCACUAGUGCUGAGGUCACUAGCUCCACUGACCAACAAUAUACAGGAGGCGAGGCCUUGGAUGAGUGUGGACUCAGGUACCUGCUGGCCAUGCGUCUUCAUACUUGCCUACUCACCUCUCUGCCCCCUCUUUACCGUAUGCAGCUUCUUCACCAGGGUCUGUCAACAUGCCACUUUGCAUGGGCCUUCCACUCUGAAGCAGAGGAGGAGCUGCUGAAUAUGAUUCCAGCCAUGCAGAGAGGUGACCCGCAGUGGUCUGAGCUCCGAGCAGUUGGUGUUGGUUGGUGGAUACGCAACAUCAACACCUUAAGGAAAAUGGUGGAGAAGUUGGGUAAAGCCGCAUUCCAGAGGCACAAUGACCCCUUAGAUGCUGCACUCUUCUACCUGGCAAUGAAGAAAAAGGCUGUCCUUUGGGGUCUCUUCAGGUCCCAACAUGAUGAGAAGAUGACUCAGUUUUUCAAGAAUAAUUUCACUGAGGACCGUUGGCGAAAGGCUGCUCUGAAAAAUGCUUUCUCCCUGCUUGGAAAACAACGGUUUGAGCAGUCAGCCGCCUUCUUCUUGCUGGCUGGAUCACUCAAAGAUGCAAUCGAGGUGUUGAUGGAGAAGAUGGAGGAUCUCCAAUUAGCCAUGAUAGUCGCAAGGCUGUAUGAGGCCGACUUUGAGAACUCAUCGACCUGCCAAGGCCUCCUUUAUGAGAAGGUUCUUGGCUGUAACAGGGAUGGAAGUCGUUACCACUGUUCAAGACUUCACCCUGACCCGUUCCUGCGCAGCAUAGCAUACUGGAUAAUGAAGGAUUACACCCAAGCUCUAGACACACUUUUAGAACGCAUCCCCAAAGAUGAUGACGAUAACCCUGAUGUGAUGGUGAAAUCAUGCAACCCCGUGGUGUUCAGUUUUUACAACUAUCUAAGAACACACCCGCUCAUCAUCCGGCGACACUUUGCUACUUCAGAGGGUACAGCGACCACUGUGGGUCUCACUGCAGAAAAGAACAGUGCAGAUGAGAUCAACCUUAUAGAGCGCAAAUUGUUCUUCACCACAGCAAAUGCACAUUUUAAGGUGGGCUGCCCAGUUCUGGCUCUGGAGGUACUUUCCAAAAUCCCCAAAGUUACCAAGAAAUCAGGCUCAUCCCCCCUCAGUAAGGCCUCAUCCAAGGCCAACGUGAGCUCAAACCAGCCACUGGAACAGAGCACAGGUCUGGACUGGGGUUCACCUGCUCCCCCUGCAUGGGGAGGGAAUGAAAGUUCAGGCGGGAUGGACUGGAGCCAACCUAUUAGCAAGUUGGAGGACAAUGAGCUAAAGCUUGACUGGGGGGAUGACAAAGACGAGGAGGAGGAGGAGGAUUGUCUGACUAUGAAGAAACUUGAAACGGAGAUGAAAGUGGAGGAAACUUUUGAUUCUAAGCUGCAGAGGGAUGACUCACAGAGUGAGUCUGAGGUGGACGUGAUAGCUGAGCAGCUGAAGUUCCGUGCCUGUCUUAAAAUCUUGAUGACAGAGCUGCGCACGCUUGCAACCGGCUUCGAGGUCGAUGGAGGCAAGCUUCGUUUUCAGCUCUACAGUUGGCUUGAAAAGGAGAUCGCAGCCAUGCAUACCAUCUGCAACUACAAGUCAGAGGCAGAGCACUGGGCAGAACGAGCAGCAUCAGUGGAUAUAUCAGAUGACAUGUUGGAGAGAACGGACGCCGGUGCCUAUGAGCGUCACCAAAUGGAGCGGCGGCGGCUGCAAGCUAAGCAGCAGCAUUCGGAGAGGCGCAAGGCUUGGCUGAGGAAAAACCAGGCCUUGCUUAGGGUCUUCCUCUCCUACUGCAGCCUCCAUGGAGCCAAAGGAGGAGGAGUCACCUCUGUACGCAUGGAGCUCCUGUUCCUUUUGCAGGAGAGUCAGCAGGAGAUCACGGUAAAGCAGCUGCAAUCUCCCCUGCCUCUGCCGACCACCUUGCCUCUGCUCUCGGCCUGCAUCGCCACCACCAAAACAGUUAUAGCCAAUCCUGUGCUUCAUCUCAGCAACCACAUUCACGAUAUUCUCCACACCAUCACCCUCAUGGAGGCGCCACCUCAUCCGGACGCCACAGAUGACCGCGUAAAUGCCCUGCACACGCUGGCAGCAUCUCUGUCUGCUUGCAUCUAUCAGGCACUGUGUGACAGCCAUAGUUACAGCCAGACAGAGGCCAACCAGUUUACUGGAAUGGUGUACCAGGGCUUGUUGCUCAGCGAGAGGAAACGACUUCGCACAGAAAGCAUAGAGGAACAUAUCACUCCUAAUUCAGCUCCUGCUCAGUGGCCAGGUGUGUCGUCCCUGAUUUCUCUGUUGACGUCUGCCAGGGAGGAGGACCAGCCGAAACUCAAUGUGCUUCUGUGCGAGGCAGUCAUGGCUGUUUAUUUAGCCUUGCUCAUCCACGGCUUGGGCACCCACAACAGCAAUGAACUCUUCCGCCUCGCCGCACAUCCCCUCAACAAUCGCAUGUGGGCUGCUGUCUUUGGAGGAGGAGCCAAAGUCAUAAUUAAGCCAAAGAGACCGGAGGCUCCACCAGUGGUGCCACCUCAACCUCCAGCUGAGGACGGUGACCGAUACAGGCGCAGGUUUAACAUGAGGAUGCUGGUGCCUGGACGCCCUGUGAAGGAGACACCAGCCGCCCCCCCGCCCUUGCCUACAGAAAGACCCACUUAUCGGGAGAAAUUUAUUCCCCCAGAGUUGAGCAUGUGGGACUAUUUUGUAGCCAAACCCUUUCUGCCGUUAUCAGACAGCAAUGUUUUGUGUGACUCUGAUGAAAGUGGAGCAGAGGACGAUGAAGAUGAUGAUGACGCCUUCCUUUCUGAUACACAGAUAACUGAGCACUCUGACCCCAACUCGUACAGCUGGGCUCUGAUCCGCUUAGCCAUGGUGAAACUGUUUCAUCACAGCAUUAAGAACUUCCUCCCUAUCACUGGCCUUGACUUUGCAGACCUGCCAGUCACUUCACCUUUUACAAAUGCUGUGUUGAAGACCUUGGAGAACUGGGAACAUAUUUUACUGGAGACGAUGAAUAAAUUUGAUGGUCCGCCCCCUAACUACAUUAACACUUACCCUACUGACCUUAGCGCUGGAGGCGGUCCCGCCAUACUGCGUCACAAGGCCAUGCUGGAGCCAGACAACACUCCUUUCAAGACAAAGAAUCACCAGUCCUUUCCAGCCCGGCGAUUGUGGCACUUUCUUGUCAAACAAGAAGUCCUUCAGGAGACCUUAAUCCGUUAUAUCUUUACCAAGAAAAGGAAGCAGAGUGAGUCUGUAGACAACCAUAUGGACCGUGUAAGGCCAAACUGCAUAGCUGGAGCUAGCGCUCUCAACAAGGUGGAGGCAGAUUUGGGCUAUCCUGGAGGCAAAGCAAAAAUCAUUCACAAGGAGUCGGACAUAAUUAUGGCAUUUGCUAUUAACAAGGCUAACUCAAAUGAAAUAGUGCUGGCCUCCACCCAUGAUGUCCAGGAAGUGGAUGUAUCUACGCUGGUGGCUGUUCAACCCUACACCUGGAUUGGAGAGGACUUUGAUAAGGAGUCACGCAGCUCUGAUGACAUUGACUACAAAUCAUCUCAUACCAACAUUGCCCAGGCCAGCUCUGGUCCCUUUGCACCACCACAGAUGCCCGUCUCUGCAUCCAUGCCGUGGCUAGGCAGUGGGCAGACCAGCAUGGGAGCCAGCGUGAUCAUGAAAAGGAAUCUUAAUAAUGUCAAGAGGAUGACAUCCCACCCUAUAUAUCAGUAUUAUAUGACAGGGGCUCAGGAUGGCAGUGUUAGGAUGUUUGAAUGGAACAGACCUCAGCAGCUCAUCUGCUUCAGACAAGCAGGCAACGCUCGCGUCACUCGACUGUAUUUCAACUCCCAGGGCAACAAGUGCGGCGUCGCUGACGGAGAGGGAUUUCUCAGUUUGUGGCAAGUCAACCAGACCUCCUCAAAUCCCAAACCUUACCUGAGUUGGCAGUGCCACACAAAGACUUGUGGAGAUUUUGCGUUCAUCACAUCUUCGAGUCUCAUCGCUACGGCUGGACAGUCCAAUGAUAACAGAAACGUGUGUCUGUGGGACACCCUGAUAUCUCCCAGCAAUACCAUGGUUCAUGCCUUCCCAUGUCAUGAAAACGGGGCAACAGUACUGCAGUAUGCUCCUAAACAGCAACUACUGAUCACUGGAGGAAGAAAGGGGUUUGUGUGCGUCUUUGACAUCCGCCAGAGGCAACUGCUCCACACUUUCCAAGCCCAUGACUCUGCCAUCAAGGCACUGGCACUGGAUGCCUUCGAAGACUUCUUUGUCACCGGCUCCGCAGAGGGCAACAUGAAGGUGUGGAAGCUCGCCGGCCACGGUCUCAUGCACUCUUUUGGCAGCGAGCACGCCAAGCAGUCCAUCUUCCGCAACAUUGGAGCCGGCGUCAUGCAGGUGGAAACACGUCCCGGUAACCGCAUCUUCACUUGCGGGGCAGACGGCACCCUCAAGAUGAGGGUCCUCCCCGACCGCUACAAUAUCCCCAGCGGCUUGGUCGACGUCUUGUAA